UUAUUUGAGUUUGUGUGUGCGCCAAACGCCACGUGAGAUUGGAGGCGGAGUUGAUGAUAGAACUGUAGUAGUAGCCACCGUCACAGUCUCAGUUUAAGCUCUGAAAAUGGCAGCCGCCACUACAACUCUCUCACUUCAUCAUUUCACUUCAACUCAGCACCACUCACAUUCAUCUUCUUUUAAACUUAUUUUUACUAGAAAUGCCUCUUCUACCGCUUCACAUUUCCCACACCUCCGCCUCCUCACUCCGACCGCCGCCGCCGGGAAUGCUUAUGCUCCGCCCAAGGUUUCAGCUACUAUUAGUAGAGAUAACAAUCACAGUCAUCAUCAUAUCGCAAAUGCAGCUCCUCUUCCCGCCCCUACAACCUCCAAGACGCAGAGGCACACUAUAUCCGUGUUUGUCGGCGAUGAAAGCGGAAUAAUAAAUCGGAUUGCUGGUGUUUUUGCGAGAAGGGGUUACAACAUUGAGUCUCUUGCAGUCGGUCUAAACAAAGACAAGGCUUUGUUUACUAUAGUUGUUCGUGGAACUGAUAAUGUUUUGAGACAAGUAGUUGAGCAGCUUAACAAGCUUGUCAAUGUCAUCAAGGUCGAAGACAUCUCGAAGGAAUCGCAAGUAGAACGCGAACUUAUGCUAAUCAAACUCAAUGCAGAUCCAGUUACUCGUCCCGAGAUCAUGUGGCUGGUGGACAUCUUUAGAGCAAAAGUUGUUGAUACCUCAGAGCACACAUUGACCAUUGAGGUAACUGGAGACCCUGGGAAGAUGGCUGCUGUUCUAAGGAACCUGAGCAAGUUCAGAAUUCAAGAACUUAGUAGAACUGGAAAGAUUGCUUUGAGACGGGAAAGGAUGGGCGAGACUGCUCCAUUUUGGAGAUUUUCCGCAUCUUCAUAUCCUGAUCUUGAAAGGAUGCAGCCUGGAGAUGCUUUUUCCAAUAAUCCCGCUGACGACAAAUCAAGUGGACGACCACUUAACAAAAUUACCAUUUCCCCCUCAAAGGGCGAUGUUUAUCCUGUGGAGCCUUAUGAUGACUUCUCGUUGAAUAAAGUUCUUGAUGCUCAUUGGGGUGUUAUUUAUGACCAAGAUUCAAGUGGACUUCGAUCACAUACAUUAUCGAUGCUUGUGAACGACUUUCCUGGAGUUCUCAAUGUGAUCACAGGGGUUAUAUCCCGAAGAGGUUAUAACAUUCAGAGUCUUGCUGUGGGCCCUGCUGAAAGAGAGGAACUUUCUCGUAUCACAACUGUUGUUCCUGGAACUGACGAGUCAAUUAGCAAGUUGGUCCUUUAUCUUCACAAGUUGAUAGAUGUGCACGAGGUAUGUGAUAUUACACAUCUGCCAUUUGCAGAAAGAGAGUUGAUGCUGAUUAAAAUAGCCGUUAACACUGCUGCUAGGAGGGAAGUCCUAGAUAUUGCUAGCAUAUUUCGGGCAAAAGCUGUUGAUGUCUCUGAUCACACAAUUACCCUCGAGCUUACAGGAGAUUUAAACAAGAUGGCUGCCCUGCAGACAGUAUUAGAGCCAUUUGGGAUUUGUGAGGUGGCACGAACUGGAAGGAUUGCUCUGGUGCGAGAAUCAGGGGUGGAUUCUGCAUACCUUCGUGGAUAUCCUCUUCCACUGUGAUAUUCGACGACAUUCAAAGGGGACUAUCACAAGUAGGUUGUUUUAUUCUGCUUUGCUUCGUCUCGUAUAGAUAUAAGGGAAAGCUCAAGUUUCCCAUGUUCGAGUUCUGUAAUGUACCAUUGAAUGUUCCUUGUGUUGAAAAUUUAGAAUAGCAAUUCCCCUUCAUUCUUCCCGGGUGUAACUAACUUAUAAAGGGAACUGUAAUGUGUAACUUGCCAUAAUUGCAGUCUCUGUCUACUUAAUUGUAGUGUGUAAAUGUGGGUAUUAAGAGUCACUUGUUAUUUCA